CAACCGCACUUUGAAACCACAGAAGCUGAACUCAUUAAGAUUGACUUCAAAUGAACGCGGAUCGAUAGGAGAGAUUUAGAAGCCGCCGCAGCAGCUAGGCUUCUUGCGUUGGCAGCAGUGCCAUAACGUACGAGAUUUUGAUACGUUUAAAAAAUGAUUCAAUCCAUCUUGUCGAUCCAUAACACGCUGCAGUGUAUCGUGUUUUAAUAACAAUGUUUUACGAAACCAGGCUUGCUGGGAAUUAAACAGCACCAAUAAUAGACUUUUGAUGGUUAUAUCAAGGACAAGAUGAUAAUCAUACUUGACGUUAUUCUUGUCCUUGCGGCCGGUACUGAACCUGUAACGGCAACGGGCCGCUGUGCUAAGGGGCAAAUUGAUUGCUUGGGUAUCUUCAAAACGUGCAUCUACCCAAGUGAUGUGUGCGAUAAGCAUAAAGACUGCCGCUCGCUUAUCGACGAAGAAUUCUGCGAGUGUUACUCGGACAAGGACUGCGCAUCCGAUACUGUAUGCGUGAACCAGUUUCCGAAUUUAGGUAAAAAGUGCGUAGGGCAAAUACGAUGCCAAAAAGGAACGCGGCAGGUCGGAAUACAUUGCAUAGACAUGGACGAAUGCGAGGAAGGUACUCACACGUGUUUGGACGAUCAGCACUGCAAGAAUACAUUUGGGUCAUACGAGUGUAUAUGCAAAUCUGCCGGUUUCAAAUUAAAUGAAUCCACGCGGGAAUGCGACGAUAUUAACGAGUGUCUCGACGAAUCACUUUGCGAUCCACCGGGCGUAUGCCGCAACACGCGGGGUGGAUACAACUGCUCAUGCCCGGAACACCAUAUUCGUGUUCCGAAAGUUCCAAAGCUGCCUGAAAAGGGUUUCUUCUGUUCGAAGACAGACUAUUGUGCGAACGUAACGUGUGAGGGUCCACUAAGGUGCCAAAACGAUGGUUAUGGGAAUAGCUCUUGCAUUUGUCCAGAGACGACUCACGAGAUGCUCAACGGGACGUGCAUCGAUCGUGACGAAUGCUCAGGACCUAAUCUGUGUCAAAGGAUUAUUGGAGGUUCAGUUUGUAAGAACCAAAACGGUUCGUAUGCUUGUAUUGCGUCUCCAUCAUGCAAUAAUGAUGGACCUGUUGUUAAGGUCAAUCAAGACGGCAUCUUAGAGGUCGAGGUACACUGUCCACAAAAUCGGUCAAGCGAAGCUAAUACACGCAGGCCAAAAGAGACGUGUGUUAAGGGAGUAUGCUUCUGCGUUAUGGGCUACAUUUUCGUAAACGAUAGCGUAGGCUGCGUCGACAUCGAUGAAUGUGCCAUGAAUCAAAGCGAUUGUCCGAAAGAACUCCAGUGUAAGAAUACCGAUGGAGGUUUCGACUGUGUCUGUCCUAUCGGCUACCGGGAAAGAGCACUGCAGCCGGUCAAUACUAUGACGCCCUAUUACGACACCAUAGAAUGCGUUGACAUAGACGAAUGCUUGUUGGAUCUGCAUACAUGCGCGUUCAAAUGCCGUAAUACGGUGGGGUCCUAUGAGUGUAUCUGUAAAGCCGGCUACAUCAGUGACAUAACGAAGAAAGUUUGUCUACCUUUAGGAGGCAGCUCGGUACUCGUCGUCUCGAUGUUUGGAAGAUUCCAUCUGGCAGAAAUCGAUUUCGAAACAGAUGAUCUCAACUUUGUAGAGCAGAAAAUGCGUUGCGAGGUUGGCGUCUCGACAAUCUUUACUUACCACCAGACACAAGAUCAGGCUUAUUUCGUCAGUGAAGAUCAUAGGUCUAUUUACCGAGGCUUGCUGAACGAAAGUUGCACGCGCAUCAUCUCUGAUCGCAACGACAUAUCAACGUUAGAGCUGGAUUGGGUUUAUGGGAAGGUCUAUUGGGCCGAAAGUAAAGGAAUAAUGGUAUCCGAGAUGAAUGGGCAGUACAUAAAAAUUAUUCUCGGAUUCGAAGCUGUCAUUUCGAACAUGAUCGUAAACCCGUUCAACGGAUGGCUACUAUUCACGUCAGAGGGACGACUUUGGCGGGUAGGUCUUGACGGAACUCAUAUGAGCCGCAUCUUUGAGGAAACAAAUGUUACGUCGUUGGCAUUCGAUGUUGAAGAGAGCAACAUUGCGAUUCAAACUGAUACCAAGCUAAUGCUCUGUCCAGAAGACUUCACCGAUUCUCAGGGCUGUAACGAUCUAGCGUAUGCCUACGGUGUCGCUAAUAGUACGUUAACUCUUGUUGACAUGUUUGUUGAUUUCGCACUUUUGGAAGAUGACGAAAACACUCUAACAAUGAUCAGCCGCAAUGGGAAGCAUAUACGUCGUCUGGCAGGAAACCAUACGACUUUCAAGUCAUUGCGAGGUCGAGUACUUCAUACGAUGAAACAACCGGUUGGUGGCCAUAAAUGCCGUAUGCAGUGCUCACAUCUAUGUGUUAAUUCACCUUCAGCUGGACGCUAUUCCUGCCUCUGCCCCGACUUCGGUCUUCGCGAAGGCACUGCUGGUUGCACGGAAAUUAUAAGUCACGAAUUUUGCCAAACGGAAUCAGCAAUGUUUUCAGUCGCGCUGUUCGUCGCAGGCCUAGCGACGUUUGUCAUCGGUGCCUUAUGCGUAACUUACAAUAUGUACGUCAACUAUGGAAAAGGUACCAUUAAGAGUCGGCGAGGAAAAACAUUUUCAGUGAGCAGUCGCAACUCAAGCACUGCCGACACGCAAAUAAUGUGUUUUUCAAUUCAUGAUUCGCUCGAAAGCGAGCUGGACGGACGUCAGUUUGUUAAACAUGAAACGCCUUCAGAUAUAGUGGGCAAUCAGCACGAUCAAUCAGUAUGUCUUCAGGGCUUUGUUUCUUCAUGAGAUCUAGGACGAGAGCAAGAUGUAGGACAACGUUUAUCUAUGCAGACGCGUCAAAGUGCUAUAAAUCAGAGAGAAAAAAGAGAGAAAUACAGAGUUUGCUUUACUGAGGGCUCAAAACUCUACCAUGUCCUGGAGAGAUGAAUUUCACAAAAAGUUUAUUGAUGAUUGGUGCUUAGAAAUGGAAUUAUGGAAAGGGAGUAAGUUGUUAUUGGGUUCCUGCCGGAUGUAUGGUGACGCUCAAUAAUAUGAGGCUCGAAGUCAGAGUAUUUUUUUAUAGAGUUAUUUUAUAAGCUGGCCCAACUUUAUUCUUGUUGUAAGUUACGCUUGCUCAAACCCGUUUCAAUACUUAGCAGAUCAAAGAUGCAUAAGCAUGUACUAUGCGAACAUUGAGCCUAGUCUGUAAAUAAAGGUUU